AUGGCCAGCGCGAAGGCGGAUGCAGAAGCCAAGGUCAAGGCAGAGGCGGCAGCCACGGCGACGGCGGAGGCAGCAGCCAAGGCCGAGGCAGAGGCAGCGGCUAAGGAGGAUGCAGAAUUCGAGGUGGCAUCGGCUGCAGAGGCUAAGGCUUUCCAGGAGGCCAAGGCGGAUGCAGAGUUCAAGGCGGCAGCGCAGGCAGAGGCUCAGGCUGCCAUGGAGGCAGCGGCCAAGGCGAAGGCGGAGGCGGAGGCCAUGGCGGAUGCAGAGUUCAAGGUUGCAGCGCAGGCAGAGGCUCAGGCUGCCAUGGAGGCAGCGGCCAAGGCGAAGGCGGAGGCGGAGGCCAAGGCGGAUGCAGAGUUCAAAGCGGCGGCGCUGGCUGAGGCAGAGGCUGCCAAGGUGGCAGCGGCCAAGGCCAAGGCGGACGCAGAGUUCAAGGCUGCAGCGCAGGCAGAGGCUCAGGCUGCGAAGAUGGCGGCGGCCAUGGCGGAGGCGGAGGCCAAGGCGGACGCGGAGUUUACGGCUGCAGCACAGGCAGAGGCAGAGGCUGCCAAGGUGGCAGCGGCCAAGGCCAAGGCGGAGGCGGAGGCCAAGGCGGAUGCAGAGUUCGAGGCGGCGGCGCAGGCAGAGGCAGAGGCUGCCAUGGAGGCAGCGGCCAAGGCCAAGGUGGAGGCCGAGGCGGAGGCGGAGGCCAAGGCGGAUGCAGAGUUCGAGGCGGCGGCGCAGGCAGAGGCAGAGGCUGCCAAGGUGGCAGCGGCCAAGGCGAAGGCGGAGGCGGAGGCCAAGGCGGAUGCAGAGUUCAAGGCUGCAGCUGCAGCGCAGGCAGAGGCUCAGGCUGCCAAGAUGGCACAGGCCGAGGCGGGUGCAGAGUUCGAGGCGGCGGCGCAGGCAGAGGCAGAGGCUGCCAUGGAGGCAGCGGCCAAGGCCAAGGUGGAGGCGGAGGCUAAGGCGGAUGCAGAGCUCAAGGCUGCAGCGCAGGCAGAGGCUCAGGCUGCCGUGGAGGCAGCGGCCAAGGCGGAGGCGGAGGCCAGGGCGAACGCGGAGGCAGAGGCUAAGAUGACGGCGGAGGCCGAGGCUACCAAGGCGGCCAAGGCGAAGGCGGAGGCAAACAUAUUGGAAGAGUCACAGGCGAAGGCGAGCGCCCAGGCACAGGCCGAUUUGCUCGCCAAAGCUGUGGCCAAGGCGAAGGCAAAGGCGGAGGCCAAAAUCAAGGAGACGACUCGGCUCGACGCUCAGGCCAGCGAGACGCAGUUAAAUGAGACGGCUCAGCCCUCAAGCUCUCCGCCGUCACGCCAGAGUGGGGCGACGGCAGAGAUCAAGGCCUACGGCGACCCUCACAUGCAGAACGUCCUCGGGCAGAAGUUCGACCUCAUGCAGCCAGGCUCGCACACCCUGGUGCAGAUCCCCCGCUUCGCCAAGCAGAAGAGCACGAAGUUCCACGUCCAGGCGGGGGUGGAGCGCAUCGGCAGGGCGUGCGCGGACAUGUACAUCCAGACGCUGAACGUCACCGGCCAGUGGGUGUACGGGCACCGGCAGGGCGGCCUCCACUUCAAC